AUGGGCAGUAUCAAUCCAGAUGAGGGCCAGGGCCUUCGCAUCCUUAUUGCCGGUGCUGGUAUCGGUGGUCUGUCAGCGGCGAUUGCUCUGAGGCAGCAAGGACAUCGUGUCGAGCUUUUUGAGCGCUCUCGGUUCGCCAACGAAAUCGGAGCCGCCAUCCACUUAACGCCCAACGCAAAUGCUGCUCUGUUGAAACUCGGAAUCGAUGCCACGACUCUCGGCGCAGUUGAAUCUAAGAAGAUGCGCGUCUUCCCUCCAAAUGGUCCGGAAAUUUUCAGUCUGGAUAUCGAGAAAACCGCGGGUUUCUGGCGACAGCGCUGGUUGCUCGUACACCGAGCCCAUCUCCAUGAGGGUUUAAAGGCUGCUGCUCAGGCUCCAGGACCUGGCACUCCUGCUCGACUCCAUACUUCUAACAAAGUCGUCGACAUCGAUCCUCACAGCGCCACCAUCACUCUGGAAAAUGGCGACGUUGUAACUGGGGACCUCGUCCUCGGUGCAGAUGGCAUACACUCCGCAGCGAAAGCAAAGCUACCUGGUGGGGAGAAUAUCAAAACAUUCAGCUCAGGCAAAAACGCUUUCCGUUUCCUCAUUGCGCGCAAAGAUGUCCUAGAUGAUCCUGAUACGAGCGAUUUGGUACAGGAUCUCGGUACAUGGUACAUGUUCGAUAGCCCUGAGCGCCGCGUGGUCAUCUAUCCCUGCGCCAACCAUGAGCUGCUCAACUUCGUAUGCAUCCAUCCCAACUCCAUGUCCAAGAUCCACGACGGCUCAGAAUGGGAUCAGAGAGCGAGCAAAGAGUCUCUGCUUGACGUAUACAAUGACUUCAGUCCCCAAGUUCGGAAACUUCUGUCAAAGGCCGACCCUACCACUUUGAAUGUGUGGCCUUUGCUUGACACCGACGAUCUGCCCACCUGGUUUGAAGGUCGGCUUGCUGUUCUAGGCGAUGCCGCGCAUCCAUUCUUGCCGUACCGUGCGUCAGGCGGUGCUAUGGCCAUCGAAGACGCCAUUUCGCUAGGCGUAAUGCUUCCAGGGAAUGUUCGGCAGGAGGAUAUCCCCGAGCGACUUAAGCUGUAUGAGAAAGCUCGCCGCACCCGCGCAACGACCAUCCAGCAAUUGACCCGGAAGAGCUCUAACGGGCCUCUUCCACCAGCCGAGGAAAAAGCAACGACCGAGUACAUCUACGGCCAUGACGAAUACGACUAUUCCACCCAGAUCCUCCGGAAACACCUCUGGAGCAAAGGACCACAAAAGUACUGGCGUCAGCCCACUGUGUUCGGGCCCAUGCCUGGUCCACGGCAGGAUUUCGAAGGACUCAGCCGUCUUGCUCGAUCACACAAGUCCAUCUUCCAGACUACCUCGAUCCGAUUCAAGACGAGUCGAACGCUCCUUCAGAACCUCCUCCCGAACGACUCAUACUCUUUCGGUACACCGAGCACAGUAGCCACUGCAACAUUCUCGCAGACGCUUCUCAACGGCAUGGACUGGCUUGGGGGCGGCGGUUACCGCCAUCUCGGCCUAUACAUCGAUGGGGUGCAGUAUAAAAAGGCCAACGGCGAGACCGUGACAGGAACCUACCUACCCAUUCUCUUCGAGAGCCUCACAGACCCAAUAGUAAGCGGCCGUGAAGAGCUCGGAAUGCCUAAGCUAUAUUCCGCUUUAGAUGCAAACGAGCGUAAAGGGUCAUAUUACCUGCAGGCUAGCUGGCAGGGUGCGGUUUGGGGCCGGUUCCGCUGGGAAGGCCUAGAAGACGAGGACCCCAAUGCGAAUGCUGGGCCGGGGGAUAGUGGUGUUAAUGGCGGCUUGCUGCUUCACCGCUAUAUCCCCAAGGUUGGUGCAGACUGCAAGGGACAACCGGACGUGGAAUAUCCUGUGCUUGUACCUAAUGCGGAUGAGUCUAAAGUGCUUGUCUCCAAGGUAACUCGGGUCCGAAAGGCAAGCAAGGCUGCGUUGGAGAUUGAUGGGCUAGACUGGGAGGCCCUCCCAACAUUGCAUCACAUUAUCGAGCGUCUGGCGGAAAUACCUGUGGAUGAGAUUCUAUCUGCAAAGAUUGUCGAGGGUGAAGGGGUGCCUGAUGUGUCGUCGGCGAGGCGCAUAGAGUAA